UAAGAAGCAUAAACGGACGGGAAAAAGUAGUAGUAACAGAGAGCCAAACGGAACGGCGAGAGAGAAAAUUGCAGUUUCAUUCUGAAUUGCAAAAUUGUAAAAUCCCCUGCCUUCUCUUCUGUGCCGCCGUAGCACGUAGCUAACGACGGCACGCAACGCUUCUCUGCCAAUAACUCAUGCUUGCUUAGCCCUUUCUCUUCUCCCACCAUGACUACCGUCACCUCCGUUGAGCUCAAUUAUCUCGUCUUUCGCUACCUUCAAGAAUCAGGUUUUACGCACUCGGCUUUUGCAUUUGGAUAUGAGGCUAGUAUUAACAAAAACCCGAUUGAUGGAAGUUUAGUACCACCCGGUGCUCUUGUUACAUUUGUUCAGAAGGGGCUACAGUACUUGGAGAUGGAAGCCAACAUUAGUAAUUGUGAUGCAGAUGUGGAUGAAGAUUUUUCACUCUUACAACCUAUGGAUCUCAUCACAAAAGAUGUGCACGAACUAAGGAAAAUGAUAAGUGAAAGAAGGAGGAAACAACAGAAGGAUAGAAAUAAGGAAUCCGAAAAGGAACAUGAAGGUGAGCGUAGGCGGGUCAGAGAAAAGGAAAGACGUGAAAGGGAGAAAGAAUGCGAAAAGGAUAGGGAGAAAGAAAGGCGUGAAAGGGAGAAAGAAAGCGAAAAGGAUAGGGAGAGGGAAAGGCGUGAAAGGGAGAAAGAAAGCGAGAAGGAUAGGGAGAGGGAAAGGCGUGAAAAGGAGAAAGAAUUCGAAAAGGAUAGAGAGAGGGAAAAGCGUGAAAAGGAGAAAGAAUGGGAAAAGGAUAAAGAAAAGGUAGAAACUCAUAAAGACCGAGAACGGCCGCAUGAAAAUCACAUUGGCAGAGAAAUGGGUGCAGAUCAAGUAGAUAAGGUUACUAUAAAACAAGAAGAGAUUAGAGUAUUUGGAGGACCAGAACCAAUGGAUAUUACUACAACAUCAACAUCUCCACCAGGUGAAUUUUCUAGAACAGAAGUGACAAUUUUGGAAGGGCAUACUUCAGAGGUGUGUGCUUGUGCAUGGAGUCCUGCAGGAUCUCUUUUAGCCUCAGGUUCCGGGGAUGCAACAGCUCGUAUUUGGACACUGCCAGAGGGGAAAUCCAAAUCUACUUCGCAAAACGGCCCAUUGAAUGCGUUGGUGUUGAGGCAUGUGACGGGUAAAACAAAUGAAAGGAAUAAAGAUGUCACAACACUUGAUUGGAAUUCAGAUGGGACACUACUUGCUACUGGUUCAUAUGAUGGGCAAGCAAGAAUUUGGACUACUAAUGGUGAAUUGCGGAGUACAUUAAGCAAACACAAGGGACCCAUAUUUUCUUUGAAAUGGAAUAAGAAAGGUGAUUAUAUUCUUACUGGAAGUUGUGAUAAGACUGCCAUUGUAUGGGAUGUGAAAGCAGCGGAAUGGAAACAACAAUUUGACUUUCAUUCAGGCCCAACACUUGAUGUUGACUGGCGCAACAAUGUGUCAUUUGCGACAAGCUCUACUGACACCAUGAUAUAUGUUUGCAAGAUUGGUGAAAAUCGCCCUGUAAAAAGUUUUGCUGGCCAUCAGGGUGAAGUUAAUUGUGUCAAAUGGGAUCCAACCGGGUCGUUGCUGGCCUCAUGUUCCGAUGAUAUCACUGCAAAGAUAUGGAGUACAAAACACGAUAAGUAUCUUCAUGAUUUUCGAGAACAUACCAAGGAGAUAUAUACUAUCAGAUGGAGCCCCACUGGUACCGGUACAAAUAACCCUAAUAAAAAGUUGUUGUUGGCAAGUGCGUCAUUUGACACAACUGUAAAGCUAUGGGAUGUAGAACUUGGGAAACUUGUCUAUAGCUUGAAUGGACACAGGGAUCGUGUAUAUUCCGUUGCAUUCAGUCCCAAUGGCGAGUAUCUGGCCAGCGGCUCUCCCGACAAGUCUAUGCACAUAUGGUCUUUGAAGGACGGCAAGAUCGUUAAGACAUACAAUGGGAAUGGAGGCAUUUUUGAGGUGUGCUGGAAUAAGGAGGGUGACAAGAUCGCUGCAUGUUUUGCAAGUAAUACUGUCUGUGUGUUGGAUUUCAGAAUGUAAGAAUCUCAGCAACACAAGUUGGCUUUGGCUAAUUGAUCAAAUUCUUUGUUUCCCCCAUCUUUAGAUGGGGACUUGGAAGUGUAAUUUGAAAGGGCUUGGUUUCCCGUGUUAACCAUAGUUUAGUAAUAACUCAUGAUCUGGGAUCCUGUUGUAAUUUGAUGCCAAGUCUUUGUUAGAUUAAGAAGUAACUCGUAGUCGUAGGGGUACAUUCUUGAAUACUUUGUAUAGGUUUCGUUAGACAACCUCCUCUGUAUAAUCAUGGCACUCGCCUGUAUAUUUGUUGAAAAUAUAAUGCUACCAGCAUCCCCCUACAUUCCCCCCUCUGCGUAAA